AUGAUGGAGAUUGUGUCGAAGAUUGAAAGCAACGUGCGGGAGGAGGUUCAACUUGACACCAAUGGAUGGGCCCCUGAGGUCGCAAUUUCUGGCAGCUUGGGACUCCUCCUAUCUGUGUAUCUAAGGACACCAACAUCCUUAUUUCAUGUAUGUACCAGCACGUCUGGUCAACUGUGGGAUGCCAGAAUUGCAGUCGAUCAAGAUUGCAGCGCGCACGACUUUCUCGAGAGCAUUGGAAAAUCCUAUCAGCAGAACCUCGCAUUUCCGGUCACAUCGCAGACAUUCUGGUUGCGUACAGACAGUUUCGAGAACUGGGCAACAUCCAACGGGGAGGCUUCUGAUUCACGGAGUUCUGCUAUACCACGUCAGAUCCUUUGCACAGUGAAAGAGUUACAAGCAUCGCGUUCGCUGUACCUGGAGAUCAGCGAAGGGAGCUCUUCCGCUAAUGGAAGAUUUCUCAGCCAACUGGCACACGUUACCAGACAAUUCCUGGCUGCAACGAGUUGCGGACGGACGCUGCGGGACCUCGACUUGAUGUGUGAUCUCGACCGACGAGACCUGCAGCGAUGGAACCAGCAAACCCCGUCAAUGAUAGCAUCUACAGUCCACGAGACGUUUAGACAGAGAGUACUACAGAGCCCCAGAUCACAAGCUGUGGAGUCUUGGGACGGUGGGCUUACAUACCUGGAGCUUGACGCCCUGUCCUCGCGUGCGUGCUCACUACUGCUUCAAGCGGGAGCCCGUCCAGGGGAUUGUAUUCCUCUCUGCUUUGAAAAAACAAUCUGGACCGUUGUGGCAAUGCUGGGCGUCCUGAAGAGUGGCUGUUCCUUUCUGCUCAUGGAUGUCUCGCACCCCACAAGUCGACUACAGACACUCUCCAGGCAAAUCAAGGCCACCAUUGUCCUCAGCUCCUCUGCUCAGAAAGAUAGAGCGAUCAGUCUGGUAUCCCGAACCAUUGUUGUGUGCGCUUCCUCAUUGUCAGCUCCUGCAGGAAACGAGCCCUAUGAGAUCGGAGUUAGUCCCUCUGAUGUAGCGGUUGUGGUCUUUACGUCAGGGACUACGGGAACGCCGAAAGGGAUUCAACUCGAGCAUAGAUCGAUCUGUUCCAGUCUUUCUGCUUUGGCAAAUCUUUGCGGCAUAGCCAGGCAAACCCGAUAUUUCCAGUUCUCAUCUUACGCAUUCGAUGCCGCGUUCGGAGAGAUUCUCAUGACCUUGAUGCGUGGCGGUUGCGUCUGUAUUCCUUCCGACGCAGAUCGUAUGAAUAACUUUGCAGAAUCGAUACGCAACUUCAAUGCCAAUGCAGUCCUUCUCACGCCUACCGUUGUACGCUUACUAUCACCAUCAGACGUCCCGUGUCUGACAACACUCAUUUCUGGCGGAGAGAAGGUGACGCAAGAUAUCGUGGGGCUGUGGGCAGAUAAGCUGGACUUGAUCAUAGUAUACGGUCCUGCGGAAACUACAAUAGCAUGCAUCGGGAAGAAGGCUCGUCCUACGGGUGAUGAUGCUGUUCGGAUUGGGUUUCCUGUCAACAGCCGUGCUUGGGUAGCCCGCCUGGAUGAUCCGAAUCAGCUUGCUCCGGUAGGAGCGAUCGGAGAGUUGGUGGCUGAAGGUCCGGGAAUCGCACGGGGCUAUAUCAGUAAUGAAUCGAGCAAUGCGGAGGUAUUUCUCGACUCUCUGCCGUGGGCAAAAGCGUGGGAGUCGAUCGUGGCCUCCACGGGACGGAGCUAUCGAACCGGUGAUCUGGUUCGAUACGCCGACGACGACGGAGAGCUUAUUUUCGUCGGUCGACGCGACCGCCAGGUCAAACUUCGUGGCCAGAGGAUUGAGCUUGACGACGUUGAGAGUAAACUGAAACAGCAUCUUCGACUUCCUGAAGCAAACAUAUUCCUGGAAGUGCUUCGUGUACACGGCACUUCCAACUUGGUGGCUUUUCUUGGGCACCCCAGUAUCCACGACAUCCCUAGACAGGAUGUUGAGGGGGACCCCACACACAUGAGUGAAGAGAUGAAGCAAGAGAUCAACGGCCUUCGUGCACGCAUUUCAGAUGAGCUUCCCGCUUACAUGUGUCCCGUCGCAUGGAUACCCUUAAGGGAAGUUCCCCUGGGCCCCACAGGGAAGCUUGACCGGGGCAAGCUCUUGAGCCUCGGGGAGCAGUUCUACUCCAGAUUGCGAGCGGGUGAACAAGAAGACAAAGGCCUGUCGCCUGUCGAGUCAGUACUGGCCCGGAUGUGGAGACAAAUUCUUCCAUCUGCUCAGAGUCUCACCCCAGACGCCAAUUUCUUCCAGCUCGGCGGGGACUCACUCCGAUGUAUGAAACUGGUGGCGAUGGCCAACCAGGAAGGAUUUCAUUUGACUAUGGAAAAGGUGUUCAAAACCCCAACACUAUCCGGCAUGACCACCGCCAUACGGAGUGUUCCUGCUGCUGCAGACCAUGCUGAUGAAUCCAAUCCACGAGUCGUCCCAGCCUCAUAUUCACUUGCACAAGACGAUCCUUCUGAGCUACGGUCCUUGCUGCAGGAAUACGGCCUUGAUCAUCAGGAGGUCGCGGGUAUAUUUCCUUGCACAGGUCUCCAAGCAGGGUUGUUUUCGCUUUCGCUGGCGCUACCCUCCUUGUAUUCGAGCCAGUUUGUAUUUGAUUUCUCCGCUGCUGUGGACAUCCAAAGGUUCAAGGCAGCAUGGGAGAGUGCGAUUACUGCCUUCCCAAUUCUGAGGACAGCAAUCGUGCCGUCUUCUUCCAGCCUCGUUCAGGUGGUCCUCGGAUAUCGCACGGAGUGCACUGAGGUCAGGCAAGAUCUUGAAUCAUUCCUGGCUGCAGACAAGGCGGUCUCUUUUCAACCUGGUCAGCCUCUUAGCAGGCGUUACCUCGUCCAGGACCCAUCUUCCGGUCAGUCUCAUUUUGUGUGGAUGCUUCACCACGCAGUAUUCGAUGGCUGGAGCUUAGAAUAUGUGGUCGAUCAUAUUCGCCAUAAUUAUUACUCCCACACAGAGACUGUCAAGCCAACAGGAAGCUUCCGAGAAUUUGUGCAGUUCGGCGAGGGCCUGGACCAAGAUGAAUGUAUUUCAUUCUGGGCAGAGCAGCUCAAGAAUGCACCAACACCGUCAUUUCCCAAUUUCCCGAAGGCCGGGCAUCUGGCAGCAGACAGAACUCGUUUGCGGCACACCAUGGCAGCCCCAAUCGUAGCCACCACAACUACAACGGUCCUGGCCCGAGCAUCGUGGGCUCUACUCCUUUCAGAGUACGAGGGUUCAGACGACGUCACUUUCGGAAACUCCCUUCAUGGACGCAAUUCCCUGCCUCCUAAGCUGCAGGAUGUUGUUGGGCCCACCAUCACAACUUUGCCGAUUAGGGUGCGAAUUGGCCGCACUCAAACCGUUCUUGGAUUCUUAGAAGGCCUCCAAGAGCAGUUUUCAGCCAUGAUCCCUUACGAACAAUUUGGCCUCUCCCGAAUCCUGGGCAUAAGUCAGGAUAUCCAAAAUGCCGCCUCGUUCCGUACCCUCUUGAUUGUCCAACUCGCAAAUACUAAAUCCCUGGAUGAACAAGGCAUCAGGCUGGACGAAGUUGACAGAUCCCUACACGAAUAUCCAUUGGUACUUACUCUUAUACCUUGGAAGUCUCAGAUUGAAAUAGUUGCCACAUUCGACAGCGAUGUCAUUUCGCCGCCGCAGGUCCAAAGAAUUCUUGAACAAUUCGAGCAGACGUUCCACGAACUCAACACAGCGCCUAGAGACACCCGACUCGGCGAACUGGACCUCGCAAGCAAGGCAGACAAGUUGACCAUGUUUGGGUGGAACGCUAGGCCUCAUAAGGCUUACGAUGUCUGCGUUCAUGAGUUGAUCCGAGAGCGAGUAAUACACUUCCGAGCUUCGGCGGCAAUCUAUUCUAGAGACGGCACCAUGGACUACGCGACCUUAGAUAAGCUGUCUGACGGCUUAGCAGUGAAGAUGGUGCGAUCUGGGCUGGAACCAGGCAACACUGUGGGUGUUCUUUUCGAGAAGUCGCAGUGGGCGAUAGUGAGUAUUUUGGCCGUCAUCAAAGCAGGCUCCGCCUUCGCGCCACUGUCACCCACGUACCCGCGAGCACGUCUUGAAGGCAUUGCCAGCGAUGCUGGUAUCAAAGUCGUUCUCUGCUCUCCACUACAAGAGGAAGCGUUCCCCAAUCCACCUUGGCGGACUAUUGUCGUUUCUGGCGACACAGCUUACUCUUUCACACCCGCUGCGCUGGUCCAUGGCAAGGUUGCGACCCCGGACAGCCUGCUCUACAUCCUCUCAACAUCAGGGACUACGGGGAGCCCCAAAAUUUUUGGAGUACAACACAAGAGCUUUGCCACUGGUGCUAUGGCUCGUGCGCCUUUGCUCAAACGUGGGCCCGACUCUCGCGUGUUACAAUUCGCACCAUAUGCCUUCGACCCGAGUGUCGAGGAUAUUUUGACCACCCUCAUGUUCGGCGGCUGUAUCUGUGUACCAUCAGACGAGGAUAUCAUGGGUGAUAUCAGUGCGUUUAUGAAAACCGCGCGAGUCAACUUUGCCAAUAUCACUCCCUCCGUGGCCUAUACAUUGAAGGAGGACGAAUUGCCGGAUUUGCAGAUCCUGCUGCUCUCCGGAGAAGCUCCUGACCAACCCCUAGUGGACAAAUGGGACGGCAUCGUACAACUCAUGAAUGGGUACGGGCCGAGCGAGUGCUCCGUCAAGUGCGCUAUCAACUGCAACUUGUCGCGCAACGACCCUAGGAACAUUGGCCACAGUGCUGGAACCAGUCUAUGGGUGGUGAGGCCCGAGAACCACAACCGCCUCACUCCUCUUGGGGCAGUGGGGGAACUUGUCAUCGAGAGUCCACACCUGGCAACAGGUUAUAUGAACCGCCCUGAAGCUAAUGAGGAGAAAUUUAUCCUCAGUCCACCGUGGUUGCGAGACUUCCGAGACGGCCACAUAGCGCAGGUGUACAGGACGGGCGAUCUGGUCAGGUACAUGGAAGAUGGCAGCAUCUUGUACAUCGGGCGUGCGGAUAUGCAACUAAAACUGCACGGCCAGCGGCUUGAGGGUGAUGAGGUGCGGCAACGCAUUCAGGAAUCCCUCUUCGACGCGCAGCUUCAAGUGAUUGUCGAUAUCGCGAGAUUUGAGGGUCAAGAUUCCGACGUCCUCGUCGCUUACCUGGCCCAGAAAGGAGAGUACCGGGGAGGUGAAAUGGACAUCGAUCACGUACUACAGCAGCACCUGACGGAUAUGAAGGAACACAUAAUUCGCCAGAUAAGCACUGCUCUCCCGAAAUACAUGAUACCCACCGUAUUUCUGGCGGUGACGAAUAUCCCUAUCACAGCAAAUGGCAAGUCGGACCGCCGCGCACUCAGAGCUUACAUUGCGCGACAGCGCCUUGGGCCCCACCUGCUUCUUUCUGGAGAAACUACAGUUCAGCCACUUGCUUCUGAGACGGAAAAGCUGCUGCAUAGAUUGUGGCAAAAGCUUCUUGGGUUGAACGGCGCGAAAUUCGGAGCCAAUUCCAACUUCUUCGAGCUUGGUGGCAGUUCUUUGGCAGCAAUCAAGCUGGCGUCUGCGGCACGAGAUCUCGGGCUCAAUCUUUCAGCACAGAUGAUAUUCAAAAAUCCGGUUUUGUCCGCCAUGGCUGCUCGGAUGGUACCUCUGAAGGAGACAAGAACAUCCGGUCCAUCCAGGUUCAGCCUACUUGGAAAAAUUGAUCGCAGUGUCGACCAACUGAGGAAAAGCCUUGUGGCUCACAACAUCGACGAGCAAGCUGUUGAAGAUGCAUAUCCCCUCACAAGUCAACAGCAACGUUACAUGGAAGGGGAGAUGAUCUCGCCAGGGGGUACUACUCACCGGCACAUCAUGCAACUACCGGCCAACAUAGACUUGGUCAGGCUUGAGACUGCUUUGCGGCGUGUUGUGCUGGCGAACGCACUUCUGCGGACUCGGAUCAUCUCGGUAUUAUCACAAUUCGUCCAGGUUGUGCUGAAAGAAGACUUCGCUUGUCGUCACGUUGAGGCCCUAUCGUCGCUCGUCUCUGAAGAUCGAAAGGUAUCGUGGGGUCUCGGACAACCGCUAUCACGAUUCAGCAUCGUGCAUGCUGGCUAUUCUCAGGAUCGAUGGCUCGCCUGGUCAAGCGCCCACGUUAUAUUCGAUGGCUGGUGUCGAAAGUUGCUGUUGGAAGACAUCGACUAUGCGUACCACCACAAUGAUAACCCUCCAGAACGGCCGCAGUACAACAGGUUUAUCGAGUACGUCUACGAACUGGGAAAGGACGAAGAUGUUUCCGCGCUUGUGAGGGAACUCGAGGCCACAAGGUUCUGGAGUUACUUCACCUUGGACGGCACAAAGGUCCCAGGUAUCACUCACAAUUUGACCCUCUGCAUCGACUUCCCAGCAACUCUCCCAGCUGAACUAUCCUACCCAACCGUGAUGCUCACAGCUUGGGCAAUAGCUGCAGCACACGUCGAGGAACAUGACCAUUUCCUGUUCAACAUUCUACUGGGUGGUAGAGAUGCAGAGUUCACGGGAAUAGACAGGCUCAUGGGGCCUGUAAGCACUACAGCCCCUUUGGCCACCAGGAUCAACCGUGACUCGACCUUCCGGAAGAACGUGGAAUUCGUUCAGAAGCGAAUAGAUCAAGCUGGGAGUGUGAAGCACUUGGUCCGACUCGGCGAUAAGCUGCAUCGGUUGCUGUCGUCUGCGCCCGUUGUCGUUGUCCAUCCUGCCGAUGAUUACGCGGAAGUAGCAACCAAACACCUUGGACUGUUCAGGAGCCGCGUUGAAACGGUCCGGCGAUUCGCAGACGCCAUGUUCAUGAACUUUUGCCUCCGGCCUGGCAAUACCGGGGUAGAUCUCGUCAUGACGAUUGACUCCAGCUUUUUCCCGGAGGAUAAGGCGGUUCGGUCCCUCGGCUAUCUGGAACAAGUUCUCAUGCGUAUCUUUACUCCAGGGGGUCUGGAUCUGAUCAUUGGGGAAAUGAACUUGGGUUCGGGUGCCCCUAGGAGCCCUGUUUCAAUAAACAGUAAGAUAGUGUAA